UCCGAAGACAAACAACAACAGCUUGAAGCCAACUUGGAGGUGCUGCGUGGAGAGCUGAGUGACGCGUGCAAGAAACAGGAAGAGUUACUCAGAGCAUUGGCCACGUCUAAUGGUAUCCGUGAUCGUCUUGUCAGUGAGCUCUCAGCCCUGCUAGACGUACUUCCAGUGGCUGGUGAGUCUUCCGUUGAGGACCUCACUCAAGGCCUGAGACGGCGUAUUGACCAACUCUCCAAACAUGUUGCGGAUGCUGAAGCCAGUCGCGAUCAGCUAAUGUCUCGUGUCCAAGUUCUUGAAUCCGAACGUGCUGAGCUAGAACGAGAACUAACCUUACUCAAAAUCUCUUCAUCAGUCCGGGAGAAUGAGCCGGAUAUUGCCACAGUUACUGAACAGUUGGAAGCUGCCAAAACCAAAAUGGCACAGCUUGAGGCAAACGCAGAAGCUGCGCUUCAUCGCUUGGAAGGGAAGUCCGCUGAAUUGCAAGCCGUCCAAAAACAAUUGGAUCACACCUUAAAUGAGCAUUCGCAACUGAAACAAUCCCACGAACAGGCUAUGGCCAUGAUGGAAACAGAAAGACGGCAACUACUAGACAGAAUACAAACGAUUGAAUCUAAUUCAGCGGGUUUUGCAGGAUCUGAGGCUUCUGUUCCCAACGAUGAGCUGACACGACUUAUUGGCGAGAAGACAAGUGCCGAAUCUCAGGUGUCCUUCCUCAAUUCAAUUAUUGUCGAUCUGCAUAAGAAAAAUGCAGAACUGGAAGAACGUGUGCGCUCCAUGUUACUUGUUUUGGACACUCCCCCAGUAAAAACGGUCCUGGCUGCUCCGUUACCAAGGCCACCACGUCCUUGGUGUGAUAACUGUCUCGUGUUUGAUAGUCACGAAACUGAGAACUGUCCUCGAGUCGUCGAAAAUGGCACUUUGCACCCGAAGAAACGCGUGUCCCUCCAGAAAAUCGAACUAACUGAGCGAAUGUAUUGCGAUAUAUGUGGUGUAUUUGACAACCACAACACGGAGGACUGUACGAAUAACGAGACAUUUUGAAUUGGAUCGUCAUAUUUCGGGACACACGCUGUGCUUAUAAAGCGAUAACCCUUCAGAUGGAUACAAAUUUAAGUUGGGGCUUCAUUUAUGGCUUGCCAUUCGGAUACACUUCCUACUGUACCUUUUGUAGGCACCAACCACUUCAUUGGAGGAACGCGCUAUAGUCGUUCGUGUCGUCAAUAGACAGUCAACGUUUUUGACAUCCACACGGCGCUUAUCCUGUACAGACGUUGUUUUUGCUUUCCAACUAGUAACAUGCAUAGGCUGCUCGAGUGGCUCCCACAUUCGUCCACCGCCUUUGAUGUGGACUAUACGCAUGCGUCAGAUAUUGCACAUACCCCUUCGUUUCUUCUCUCUCUUUCUGUCUCACACACACGCACAUUAUGCUAUGCGUUCUUUGAUGCCCUCCGAAAGCAAUCCGCCUGCUUACACAGUUUUGUGAUCUUGGUUGCACGAUUAACAUAUCAAUCGCCGUUUUUUUAUUCGAUCUCGGUUCGGAAGUUUGCAAAGCAUUCAUGUACCGUCACUUUUCUCGGCCGUCACCCUCCUCCUCCUCCAUGUAUCUGUCCCGUGUCUUCGUGCGUCGCACCACCUCUUUCAACAUCCUCUGGUUGUUUCCUAAUGUACGGUUAUCACACUACAGAGCACAUACACCAGUUUUAUUGGAUGCGAUCAAUGCCUUUGUUUGUUUUUCCGUUUACCGUCCUCAUCCCCCCUGGGAUUUUAAUCGACGCCAAGUUUGAACAUGUACUGGUCAGUCAGAGUUUGCAAAUGGUGAUAUUAUGAACCGUGCAACUCCCACGGACGGACUGUCUGAUGCGCCAAUCUUAUCUAGGCUAGCACAUGGUACUACGCUGCUAUGCGCUGACAUCUAUUUUAUUGUAUUGCGUAUUAUUGUUGGG